CGUCCCAUGAGCACAGCGACGACGAUGUUUGCCGCGCAACUUAGCCGGGACAAUGUUUCCGAUCGGCAAAGAUGCGAGAGCGAUGGUGUAGUAAGGCAUACCACGCUUGUGUGACGGCGUAUCGUAGCUUCCUCCCUACAAACCUCAGGAUUGAUUCUUGAAAACACCUUGGAUCUCGAUUUCAGCGAAGCAAAACACCGAGAAUCGAAAUGUCGAAACCAGUAGCCAUCGUGACAGGCGCCGGCUCCGGCAUCGGCGAAGCAGUCGCAACCCACCUCUACAGCAAAGGCUUCAAAGUUGUUGUCGCAGACCUCAAUCCUUCGUCCGGCGAGCGCGUAGCCAGUGCCCUUGGAUCCGAUGCUAUAUUCCACCAAGUUGACGUCUCAUCCUACAAGUCCCAAGCACAGCUCUUCAAGCGCGCGUAUGAAUGGGGCGGCAACCGUCUGGACUUUUGUCAUGCCAAUGCUGGUAUUGAUGACCGACAGAACAUCUUCGAGGAUAUGGACAAAGAGGAGGUAGAUGAGGAGGGUUUGGUUAAAAAGCUGAACACCAAGACUAUGGAGGUUAACCUCGAGGCUGUUAUCCAGGGACUAUGGCUGUUCAAGUAUUAUGUUAGGAGGAGUAAGGAAGCGGGUGGAGGAAAGGGCAAGUUUGUUGCUACGAGCAGUGCGGCGGGGUUAUACUCCAUGACACAAUGUCCUCAAUACACCGCCAGCAAAUACGGCGUGAUAGGUCUAUGCCGCGCCUCAGGCCCCGUGUUCGUCAAAGAAGGCAUCACGGUCAACGCAAUCUGCCCUGCCUUCAUUCCCACAAAUCUCUGUCCACCAGAAGUAGCAGCGCGCUGGCCCAAAGAGCACAUCACGCCUUUGUCAACAGUCAACAAAGCCAUGGACGCUUUCCUAGCGGACGACAAUUUGACAGGCCAGGCGGUAGAGCUAUCGCAGGAGAACAUCUACUUUAGACAACAGGUUAAUUAUCCGAAUGAAAGUCAGCGGUGGAUUGGCAUGGAGAGUGACAAGAUCUGGGAUGUGGGGUACAAGGAGCCACCGAAGAGGGCCGGGUACUAGGACGGGUCAUUUAUCAAUCAAAUAUCCAAGUUUGGAUAGGCUCGAUGUGUCAUGGUUGAUUUUGGUACCGAAGAUACUUGUCUUGCAGCCAUCAUCUCUAUGAAUACCAAACUACCCACGUCAAUAAUUCAGUCCUUCCCUUUCUGCCCUCUCGCUUUCCUUCCUCAUGAGCUUGGCAUGCGCCUCACUCCUCGGCCUGAUGUCACAUUCAAACGGCUCUGGCACGCUCAUAAACCCUGGCUCCAUCUUCGUAUUGACUUCCAUCUCUUCUCC